AUGGCAGCUAUGGGAUCCAAGGACGGAGCAGAAUCCAAGCCAGGCGGAACGGCAGCAGGACUACAGGCAUGCAUCACCAACAUGCAUGCCAACAACCGGCCUGACAUGCAGCAUUCGAACAAUCAAAUAUACACACAGAAUUGCGUCCAAGAAUCAUUUGUGGAGAGAAACGCUCAUAAGACCCAGACGCUGCACCUGCCGAGUGAGCUGGAGCAAGGCUGGUGCGUCGUGCCCCCUACCCUGCAAACUAGAACCCCUGCAAUAGACCCAUGCAUGGUAUCAACUAGAGAGCCUCCAUACAGUUUCCGAAGCCCGGAGUCAGUGGAGAUGGAUGAGAUCAUGGCUGCUAUGGUCCUGACCAGCCUUUCCUGUAACCCGGUGGUCCAGAGUCCUCAGCAGACGGAAACUGGAACAGUUGGCUCCUCCUCAUCAGCUGAGAUGGAGUGUGGCGGUGGCGAGCUCUCCGACAGUGGCAGCAGCGGCUACUGGAGCUGGGAUCACGGCAAUGUGAGCCCGGCCCCCUCGCCGUCUGUCCCGGAAAUAGACAGCAGCCCAGAUGACGGCAUGCACAUGGAGCUGGAGCAGGGGGAGGAACUUCAUGCCAAAAAGCCAAAGAGCUCUUUCAAAGGUUUGUACAAGUGUCUGUGGCCCAAUUGUGGCAAGGUGCUCACAUCCUCAGUCGGAAUAAAAAGACACAUCCGAGUGCUGCAUCUGGGCAGCGGGUCAGAUCAGUCACAGAGAGAAGAGGACUUCUACUACACUAAAAUCUCCUGUGAGGCGGUGGACACCAGCACUGUAUUAGUUCCUGCCCAGCAGGCUCUGGGCCAGGCAUCUCCUCUCAAUUGGGCCACGUGCAAUUCACCAACUGGUUCGGCUGUUCAGAUCCCACCGGGACAUAGGCCAAGGUCCAACUCCAGCUCCGGCCUCGUUUCAAGCCGGCCCAGUCCGCUCAGUCAAUCAGCCCCGAGCAGCUUCUGGCAGAUCCACACCGAACAUCUCUAUCAGGCGUGCAACCCCGUCCAGGCACCUCUAGCCCCAAAAAGUCCAGGGUGCCACACUUUGACCACCACCGCCGUGGCCUCAAGCCACAAUAACACUCAGAUGGUGAAACCUCGCUGUCGGUCCGUCAGUGUCGGGGAGCAAUGGCUGCAACAGAAUCGGCUCCAGACAAUGAGCGCGUCGCCCUCGCGUACUCACUGCUCCUUCAGGAAAGGACGCGGGGAGGCCAAGAAAUGUCGCAAGGUAUACGGAGUGGAGCGAAAGGACCAGUGGUGCACUGCCUGCCGCUGGAAAAAAGCCUGCCAACGUUUCCCUGACUAA